CGUGUUUCCCCUCUCUCAAAUUUAUCGAUUCAGCAGCGAAUGUCCAUCGCGUUUCCCAAUAUUCCGCCACCUGGUCAUCUGGAGAUCUUCACCCUGUCUACUCAUUCGUCAGUGUCCACUGACCUCACCGCUUGCCUGUGGACUGAAGAAGACAGGCUGCGCGACACCAUUACCACACUCGCGACUUGGUCGGGUCCCAUAUCUCUGGUCAUCGUGACCUCUGCGCGGUCGGGUUCGACGGACCAUCUAACCCUUCUCAAAAGGUUUCCAGAACUUACGAGCAUCUUUGAUACGCAUGCCUCAUUCGGUCUUUCGUUCCACGUACUUCAAGCCUCAUCUUCUUCUGGAGGAUCCGCCAAUGCCUAUUUAAAUGUUGCUCGUCUCUUGGCGCCCACUGAUCGAGUUGUCCUGUUCCCAGAUGGUUUGCCUUCGCACCUCUCGAGUAAUUUGUACAGCUCCCCUCUUGUACUGGGCAACAAUAGCCGUAGGACAUAUCCAUUCGCCCCGAUGUCCCCUGUUGUUCUUCCUAAGGAUUAUCCUACGUGGUGUACUGAGCGUUUUUCUCUGUUCCAAUCUCGAUCACUCGACUGGGAAGACUGUCUCUGGCAACUCUGGCUUGAAAGUGCUGGUGAGGUCAAGUCUACAGCGGUGGAUAACUGGCCAGUGGUGGAAACUGGUGAAUCCAAUAACUCCGCCCUAUCCGUACGUUGCACGACAUAGAGGCCUGGCUCCUUCAUUUGUGUCUUACGAAACACUUCAGGCAAAGCUAAGACGACGCUGGACUGUCAAAUAUCGUGCAGAAGCCUGUGCUCUCGCUAUGAAACGAGCACAGAUCUUGGAAGCAACCAGUUAUGCAGACAAGAAGGCGUUCCAGUGGCGCAAGAAGUUUUGUCACGAGGUGAGAUCUUGAUACCCUCGAACCGCGGUUUGGAAUCGCUUGUUGAAAAGGUUUAAGUCUCUGGGUACUUCCCCGGCAAACGCUUCUUAAUCAACGGACCUGGAGGCUAUUCUAGGUUUAUGUUCACUCAGACUUUAAUCGAAGAUGCA